AUGGGGGCGUUUUUUAGACAAGCCAAAGAUGGAAAAGCAUAAUGCCCAGGGGCAUGGUAAUGGACUGCGUUAUGGGCUUAGUAGCAUGCAAGGUUGGCGGGUUGAGAUGGAAGAUGCACAUACGGCUGUGAUUGGUUUGCCAAAUGGACUUGAUGGGUGGUCGUUCUUUGCUGUAUAUGAUGGUCAUGCUGGUUCCCAGGUUGCCAAAUACUGCUGUGAGCAUUUGCUGGACCACAUCACAAGCAACCAGGAUUUCAAAGGGACUGAUGGACAGCCGUCUGUGGACAGUGUAAAAAAUGGAAUCAGAACAGGUUUUCUCCAAAUUGAUGAACAUAUGAGAGUCAUUUCUGAGAAGAAACAUGGUGCCGAUCGAAGCGGGUCAACAGCAGUGGGUGUUAUGAUUUCCCCUCAUCACAUUUAUUUUAUCAACUGUGGAGACUCAAGAGGAUUACUUUGUAGAAGCAAGAAAGUUCACUUCUUUACACAGGAUCACAAACCGAGCAAUCCACUUGAGAAAGAGCGUAUACAAAAUGCUGGUGGAUCUGUGAUGAUUCAGCGUGUAAAUGGGUCACUUGCAGUUUCAAGGGCUCUAGGUGACUUUGAUUAUAAAUGUGUCCAUGGAAAAGGUCCCACAGAGCAGCUUGUGUCACCAGAGCCUGAAGUUUAUGAAAUUGAGCGGUCAGAAGAGGACGACCAGUUUAUAAUUCUGGCAUGUGACGGUAUCUGGGAUGUCAUGGGAAAUGAAGAGCUGUGCGACUUUGUAAGGUCCAGACUAGAAGUUACCGAUGACCUUGAAAAAGUUUGUAAUGAAAUUGUAGACACCUGUCUAUACAAGGGAAGCCGAGACAACAUGAGUGUCAUAUUGAUCUGUUUUCCAAGUGCUCCAAAAGUGUCCCCAGAGGCAGUGAAGAGAGAAGCGGAAUUGGACAAAUACCUGGAAAGCAGAGUAGAAGAGAUCAUAAAGAAGCAGGGUGAAGAAGGUGUGCCAGACUUAGUCCAUGUGAUGCGUACAUUAGCCACUGAGACCAUCCCUAACCUCCCACCUGGGGGUGAAUUGGCAAGCAAGUGA